CGUUACUCAGUCAGUCAGUUGCGCUUGACACGCUGAGCCACACGGGCGUCUGUGGAGGCGGAAGUGCGGAAGAUGCGCCGUGAAAUUAGUGCGACGAUUGGUGUGGUUCACAACGUCUUUCCACGUAGUUUGCCACAGGACUUUAAUCGUCGAACCGGCCGUGAAGAAGAAAACUACAAACCUGAAUUUUGCUAACUUAACGAACUUGCGAGGUGACUCGAACCACUCGAGAAGUUGAACAGUUAUUUAAGUACCAAACGACUGUAUGUCAGCAGCUUAUCUGAAAGGUUAUAAAAACUGGAAAUCACGCGUCUAGAAGAUCAUUUAAUCCUUGGUAAAUACGAAGCGUCUUUGAAAAAAUAAGAUUCGUUCAACCUUGUCGAACACCGCGGUAACGAUUACGUAAAAUAUAGAUAUCUUGCAGGCUGGUUUGCUGAUGUUGUGUUCUCAAGAAAAUAUCCGGUUUCUUGUUAUUUUUUUAUAAUAAUCAAUAUUGUAAUAAAAUGAAAAAUAAUAGUUGUAUUGCGUGUGCCAAUGUAAUAGUGGAAAAAGUUGUGUGUCAGAAUUAGCUACGGUACCAACUUGUUUUUCGAUCGUUUGUCUUAGUCCAUCGGUAAUGAAAGUGCCGCAGAAUAUGGUUUUAAUUUUUUUUUAACAUACAGUAACAGGUGUAAUGUGUGUGUACUUGUGAAAAAUUUGAAAAAUUUUUGUGUCGGAAUUAACUACAUUAUCAACUUUGUUUUUCGAUCGUUUGUUUUACUCCGUCGGUAAUUAAAGUGCUGUAUAAUAUGUUUAUAAUUUUUUUGAACAUACAGUAAUAGGUUUAAUCAACUUCUGUGAUUCAUUUUGGCCACGGAAUUUUGCAGUUGCGAUUUAAAGAUGAGGGAUAAAUUCGCGUUCAGCAAUUCGGCGAUGUCGUCGGACGUGCUCGAAACCGUCUCAGCAAAUAUACCAUCAGAAACAUUUCCCGAUAAUCUUCCAAAGAAGCCUGAAGCGCGACUGGAAAUCGACAAUGAAACCCUGCCUCCUGAAAAUACAGCGGUGCAACAAAAAUGCGGAUGGUUUUGGCUGAGGCCGAACUGUCUGCAAAAGUUUCGCACAGCGAAAUGGGCACUUUUUUGGCUUUGUUGGGCCGGCGCAGUGCAAGGAAUGGUGGUUAACGGUUUCGUCAACGUUGUCAUCACAACGAUAGAGCGAAAAUUUGGGCUUAGGUCUUCUGAAACGGGGCUUAUAGCCGGUGGAUAUGACAUCGCCAGUUUUCUACUCCUUGUUCCUAUCACUUACCUCGGCGGACGAUCAAACGCCUCAAAGCCCAGGUAUAUUGGAAUCGGUGUCCUCGUUCUGAGUCUAGGUUGCUUGUUAUUCGCAUCGCCACAUUUCUUAGUCGGUACCUACAGAGCGGGUCGUCAAUAUGAGAAUCUCUGCCAACGAGUCACGAAUACUUCAGCGCUGCAAACGGCGGCAUGCGACAGUGCAUCCAAGGAAACCGACUUGGAAGCUCCGCGUGGUUUGUACCUGGCCAUCUUCUUGCUCGCUCAGCUGUUACACGGGGCUGGAGCUGCACCGCUUUUCACUCUUGGAGUGACGUACAUUGAUGAAAAUGUCUCGAAGAAAAUGUCUUCGGUUUACCUUGGUAUUUACUACACCAUGGCUAUACUCGGGCCAGCCUUGGGAUACGUCAUCGGAGGCGAAUUACUCCAAAUUUAUACCGACUUCCUCGUCGUCGACCCAGCCUCGGUGGGCAUGACACCGGAUAGUAACGUCUGGAUCGGUGCAUGGUGGAUCGGUUUCCUAGCAGCAGGAUUGAUAUCCUUGGUUAUAGCUAUUCCGCUGUUGGCUUUUCCGCCAAGUCUGCCAGGAUCAGAAGAGUUGGCAAAGGAACGAGUUUCCGAAGCGCACGUGUGUCAAUCUGAUACACCUUCAUCUGCGGGGACUGGUGGAGUGGAGGUUUUCACAAAACUUAAGGAGCUGCCUAAAGCUCUGACGGCUCUCCUUAAGAAUCCGGCAUUUUUUAUGCUAAACUUGGCUGGGGCAAGCGAAGGACUUCUCAUUGCCGGGUUCGCCGCCUUUCUACCCAAACUUAUUGAAAAUCAGUUCAGCGUCACUGCCAGUUCGGCGGCUUUGCUUAUGGGAUUAGUCACGGUCCCAGCUGGAGGUGGAGGUACCUUCCUUGGCGGUUACCUGGUGAAGCACUGGAACCUUCAGUGCGCUGGCAUCUUGAAGUUCUGUCUGAUCGCCACGGCGGGUUGCAUCGUUUUCACGAUGUGCUUCGCUCUGAGUUGUGCAAACCUAGAGUUUGCUGGAGUGACGGUGCCCUACCACAACACGGCUAGGAAGCCAUUGUCUCUGGAAAGCAGCUGCAACAUUGGAUGCGGAUGUUCGAAAUCAGAAUUUGACCCGCUUUGCGGUGCUGACGGAAUUACGUAUUAUUCGCCGUGCCAUGCCGGGUGCCACGAUGAAAUGCCGAUCAAUGACUUGAAAAUUUACAACAAUUGCAAUUGCAUCCACGGCCCGUCAGCGAAUCUCUCGAUAUACGGCGGUUCUGAGCACGUGACUUACGAGGCAAUAAACACAACGUGCCCUAGUGCUUGUGGCCAUCUGUGGCCCUUCGUGAUACUCGCCUUCUGCAACAUGUUUCUGACAUUCCUCUGCACUAUGCCUGCCCUGUCAUCGACGCUCAGAGUCGUCCACGACGAGGAACGGUCAUUUGCCCUGGGCAUACAGUGGAUCAAGGUUCGAGUCCUCGGAACCAUACCAGCCCCCAUGAUUUUCGGCACCCUGAUUGACGAGACUUGCAUCCUUUGGCAUGAGUCGUGCGAGGGCAGAGGGGCUUGCCUCGUUUACGACAAUCGGUACAUGAGUCGGUACAUGUUAGCUCUGGCGUUCAUAGGUAAAGCAGCAUCCCUUCUAUUUUUCUUUAUGGCAUGGUGGUUCUAUGUACCGCCAGGGGGAAGAAGAAUUACUACGGAAAAUAGACAGGAGACCGUUUCGACUGUGGCGCUGAGCGAACCGAUCGAAGUUGUGCAGCUAUCAAAUCAGAAAAUUUCGUCGGCUAUAGAAUCGUAAUGAUUAUAAUAUUGAAAAUGAUUUUAUACAAUAUUAGAAAUUCAUGAACAUUUGACCAAAAAACAGAUAUGUUAAGAAAUGAAAAUUUCAAUUCUUUUCAUACAUUUUAAAUCAUUUUAUAUAACUCCACUAUUAUAUAGGCAUAUUAUGUGUGUAAAUUAUUAUUAUUAUUGUUAGCGCAUGAUCUCCGGAAUGAUUCAUAACUCUAAAAUAGAAUUGUAGGUCGACAUAAUAUGUUGUUCAUUAUUGUGUGGAAAAUAACUAAUUAUUGAGUAUCUAUCUCGAAUGCACACACGUACUCACAACCUAUACAUAAGUAUCUAGUAUUAUAAUGUAUAAUGAUUUAUACUGUACGUAAACCGAUAAUUUUAUGAUACCUCCGACACAAAAAUCAAUGAAUGUCGAGCAAAGUAAAAUGUUUAUUGCUACUCGAAACAGAAACUUAUCUCACAGAGUUUUCCGUCGCAUUUCUUUACUUGAAAUAAAAAUUUCUGUUUACAUAUUGUAUAACCAGAACUGUCGGUACAAUCUGUCACCUAAGUGCUUGUGUCACCUAAAUGGUUACUUCAUGCCAAUAAUUAUUUAUACAGCGAAUACCAAGCAAAGGAUAUUGAAUAUACGUUAAAAAGUACGGUGCAGAUAAUUGAUGUGAACCUCGCUGGAAAGCCCUUUAAAUAAGUGAACUGGCAUUGCUAUAACUCCGUAAGUAUAAGAUAUUAUUGUUAAUGUAAUUUUUAAGAUGCUUUUGUUAACAUGAGAUUUUGUUCUACCUACAGCGGGAUAAUGUACAAAAGACACUAUCGACAAAUAAUUUUUACAAAAUCGUGACUGAUAACUGCCUCAAGAAUUUAGAAAACUACAAGUUUCAUUCUUCGAUUAGCGAAAUAAAAAAAAAUCGUAACAGUCCCAUUUCAUUGCAGCAAAUAAUUUUUUCUUUCAUCAUCGCAGGGAGAAUGAAUAUAAUAUGUAUCAUGUAUGUUGCCUCUAUUUCUUAUGUUUAAAAUACGCCUGAACAUUUCAAUUGAAUUUCUUCCUAAAUCGAACUGUGUAAUGACUGCUUGUGUUCACGACUUGAUGAAUGUUAAUCGUCGCUGACUAGUUAUAUAAAAUGAAUAGUACAGGGUUAUAUCUAUUGAUAAA